UCUCUGUUUAAAAAGGAAAAAAAAAAAAAAAGAAAGAAAGAAAAAAAAAAGAACAAGACGACGGCGAUUAGGAUACUUAAGUGGAAGGGUUCCUUGGCCAGGGGUCAUGGGGCACCUACAACCCCCAAUGGGCACUGCAGUAUCAAGCCCUCUCUGCCUUACUUUACCCUUCUCACUUCCCUGGUCCUCCUAGUCUUCCUCUCCCAGCUACCUUGCUGUCACAGCACGACAGGCAGCUUCAAUUUACAUAUGUUUUAGCCACGAGGACUUGGAAUCUAGGCCUUUCUCCAACCAUCUUUUUGUUUUGUUUUGUUUUGUUUGGAGUGCUCCCCUUCCCCGCCCUCUUGCAAUGGCUUCACUUUGGUUCUUUGGGUCAGGUGGUUGGUUAGCUGACUCAAAUCCUUGCAGAGAGAACUCUCCCCCACCCCCACCCAGGAAGGAGUUUUGUGUGGGGUGUGUGUGGUGGGGGGGAGGGUUGGGAGGGUGUGUGUGUGUGUUUGUGUGUGUGUUCAUUUUCUUUUCCCACCAUUUUUCUUCAAAUGGCCCCAGUCCUCGGUGUAGCCUGUGCACCCACGAGUAAUUGCUUUACUGUUUUUCCUGGGGCUCAUGUUGGUGAGACUGCAGGGUGCUAUGCGCUUCGUUUUCCAUUUCCCACACAGGAAAUUAAGCUUUCCCCUCCAUUCGAACUUUUUUUUUUUUUUAAAAAAAAACAUGAUGUGGAUGUGAAAAUUAACCCCCCAAAAUAGCACAUGGCUUUUGAUUUUAUUGACCGGAACUUCACUUGGUCUAGCAGUAGUGGGUUUUGUUGUUGUUGUUGUUGUUGUUGUUGUUCUUUUUCAAAGCAAUGUUCCAGAAAGAUUGCUGUAUUUGGUUUGUUUUUGAUGGAAGCUUUGACUUCCUGAGCCUCUGUCUACUGCCCUCUCAGAUAGGGGCAGGUCUGAAUGGUCCAACCAGACGAAUAUUGUUGGCUUUGUAAUACCUUUAAUUGAAAAGGGAAGGUUUGAAUGGAAGCAGCCUUAGAACAUAGGGGCAUGAACAGUCUCCCCAAGACCUUAGGAGGUUGUAUUUGAAAUACAGUUUGGGAAACCCUGCACCUUUGCACCUUUCCUACCUUUUAGAUGCCGCAUUGCCUUUUCAUCUUUUCUUUUAUCAUUUAUCGAAGUGCUAAUGAAAAAUUAAGCUCUGUGUCAUGAUUGUCAUUGUGUUGCCAAGACAGUUGUCCCUUUUUUUAAGUCACCGUGGAAAUUAUGUUUGGCCAUAUUAUUCACAGAAAAGGGAUUUGAAGCCGUGUGAGCAGUUUUAACGAUUAAGGUUUCAGAUGUAAACUUUGGUCAUAAGGCAUAGAUAACUAGCUCCAAGUGUAUGGGGGCUUUUCUUUGCAUUUAUAUUUGAAGGGUUUUUACAUUUAAAGGCUGAAAGAAAUAAUAUUAUAUAGAAAUAAGUAGGAAAAAAAUCUUAGCAUGUUCAUUCUAACACGGCUUUUGAAAAAGAAUCUUCACAAAUUAAACCGAGAAAUAGUGAGUGGAGACGGGAUGAAUAGCACUGGUGGGUCUUCUCAGUUAUGUUAAAUAAGAGUCGUCUGUUCUUUAUGACUUGAUUUUAUGCUACCUCACGGGGAAGGGGGAGAAAAAAAACAACCCAGAGCUAAACCCAUACUAACGCUUCUAGGGUCUCAAUUUUAAUUGAUGAAGAAGAUAUUGUUUGGUUUUUUAAAUUUAAUUCUGUAUGUUCAAAGCAUCCUAUGAUGAAGAAGAUAUUGUUUGAUAUUUUAAAUUUGAUUCUGUAUGUUCAAAGCAUCUUGAACCUUUGGGUAGCGUGAUUUAAAAAAAAAAAAAACAUUAAUUCAGAGAGUUUAAAAACACCAUGUCUCCAACAGGCAGCUCUUCUAAACUACGGUGCUGAGUCCAGCUGCUUUUUAAAUGUUUUUCUAAGCAAGACUAUUUGAAUAUGUAUCUGUUUGCCUACCUAAAUAUGUGGGGAGUAAAAUAAUUUAAAGUGCUUAGCUGUAGUAUAUGGUUUGGAAAAGCAGAUGAUGUCAAGAAUUAUGCAGAUCCAUUUAGCAAAUUCGGACAGCAUUUUGAAAAUGAUUUAUGAAUGCAACUAAAAUUCAUGUUGAAGUUAAGAACAUUAACAAUAUUUUCAUAUGUCAUGCUAUUGAAAAUACUGAAUGCUUUUAUUAGCCGGUGCUUCCGGCAUUUUCCUGAGAUGGCUACGAGGAGUCAAGUCCGUGGAAAUACCUGUACGAUCAGUUCGGACUACUCAAAAAAAAAAAAAAAAACAGAUUGUUGCAGUCCAACAAAAAUAGUUUGCCUAAGUUAGAAUUUAAAAGGCAAAAACACAUUCACAGCUCUAUAUUUUAAUUGUGUUCAUUAAGAAGGCAAAUGCAUGCUGUAAAUAUCUGUGUUUAGAAUGAAAUGUUAUAUUUUCAGUUUGUUUAUAAGUUUUUUUUCCACAGAUUAUUGCUGCACCUAAAAUAAUCAAGAAUGUCAAGAUAUUAACAGUAGAAAUUGUAAUUUCUACUUUUUUUAUAACUUCUGGAAAUCAAGAAAGCAUUAUUGAAGAAAAAGAUAUGUUUAAGACAAUUUUUAGAAACUCCUGCAUCGUUCACACGGUGCUUUUGGCUCAGAAAAAUUUGAAAACCACAUUUUGACUUUCAAUUUCAAAACUAUCUGGUAAAUUAAAACCUUAUCAGUCAGCAUUGAAUAUGGACAAGUAUUAGAUGAUAUUAGAUUAUCCAAAUAAUUAUAAUUAAAUUUGCUAAUUUUAUUAGAUAGCCAUGAAAAUAUUUAAUAUUGAAAUGGAACUUAUUUUAUAUAUUCUGCUCUCAAAAAUAGAGGAAGCAGAAAAGCAAAACAUUUUUAAUUGUUGAAUCUAGUGAUGCUGAUACAUGCCAGGAUAUUUUAAACAUUUUUAAUUGUUGAAUCUAGUGAUACUUAUGCAUGCCAGGACAUUUUACUGCUUUGCAUUUUUCUCAAUAUAGUUUGUAGCUUGGAGAAAUUAUAAAUAAAAACUUUAAAAGUAUGUAUUUGUCUUAAUCAAAUGAGACAAAAGAGACAAUAUGUAAAUACAUAUUUAAACUUAUAUAAUUAAAAGGGAAGUAGCUAAACCUGAGAAUUUGAUUUUAAAAAAUCAUUACCUGGAAUUUUAAAUUUCUAAUUAGAAGGGGAAACUGUAGAUACUGAUUUUAGUGUUUGUUGUCUCAUAUGUAAUUAAAAAUAAAUAUCUAAAAUGAAAGAUUUUAUUUAUAUAAAAAUUUAAUAUUGAGCUUUCACAUCCCUAUUGAGGACAAAACUACAGAAAUGGAUUACAAAGUAGUAUGUGGAUAUGCGUAUCUUAUACACCUCAAAACAAACCACGGUGGAAGCCUUAACAUUUAAAACAGUAGCCCAUACUUUUAAAUAGUGGUUUGAAGAGAAAAGGACAGAUUUGUUGGUGAUGGUUGCAGCAGGAGGCUGUGUAUGCAUAGAGAUUUACGGCUAGGUACGGGAAAAUGUGUGAUGAAUAAGGAGGGGUUUAAGGAGAACUUGCAAGCAGCAAAAUAACCCAACAAAAUCCUCCCCGAGGACCAGACUGGACGUAAAGGCCUUUGGUGCAAUGUCCCUUUUUAUGGAACCCUCAUGUUUUCUUGCUAGACUCUUCUGUGAUGGAUCGGCAUUCUGGCAGCUGUCAUCUUUUACUUCUGAAUUGUCUUUUCCUUUAUCGGUGCCAGCAAUUUGCCUCCCACUCUAGGGUCUGUCCCCUGGUGUUUGUGGCUUAGGACACUGAUUCUUCCUGUAUGUGGACCCCACCAUUGCCGUGUUCCCUGGAGGGUUUUUUUUUUUUUUUAAACUCAGCUGUCCCGGGUUAGACGCAUAGUUUAAGUUCCUUCGCUGUGAAUGAGGACUGAUUUUUCUGUAUUCUUUUUAAAGCUCAGCACAACAACUAUACGAAAUUCUACUCAUUUAUAUUUUUGUGUUCAUAUUAGUAAGGUUAAUUUUGUUAAAAACAGAAUGGGGUUUGAUUUUUGUGUCCAAGCCAGAGGCACUUGUUGGUACUUUUCAGGAGCUGGGUCCUGCCUUAGGUCUGGAGCAUCCAUCACAAUAUCCCUCGGCAGCGUGUGAUAAAGGCAGAGUGAUGGAUGGAAGUCUGGGAAUUCAGUCUGAGCCCUGCUCUGCUGUGGAUGUAAUCUUUUUGGACAUCUUUAGUCUCCUUGCUAAAUUGAGGAUUUUGAGUGAAGUGAUCUCCGGUGGCCCCAUCAAUUCAACAGUGUUUCUGCCGUUCUGUUUUAAUAUUUGUUUCUCCUGACCAAAGCACACAACCUUACCUUUAAAUUGAAAAGGAGAAAUCUAUAGUCAACAACAGUGUUGGCUGUCAGCUCAAGGCUACGGAAGAAAAAUACUUUAGAGUAGCCCAAUACUGUACAAAAGUAACUUUUUGACAUCUUGUCUGCCAAGCCCAGGGUUGAAGUCAGUGCCUCGUACAGGCAAUUGCGAGCAGCUGGCUUCAGGAACCUGUGAGGAUUUAUAAAGUUAAAUAAUAAUUAAAAAAUGAAAUCUGGGAAUGACUGAAAGGGGGAAGCUGAGUUGGUUAAGGUGCCGUGUUGCUCUUGUUUUCUCGGCUCUUGAGAUGAAUCUGAACCAGGGUGGGAUUGCUUGGCUAGUGCUGACCACUGACCUAUACUCUGCUGUAAAAGCGUGCACGACUAUACAUGAACGCCAACGUUAAUUGCUCCUAGAUUAGUUUGAAACUAGCCCAUUAUUUUUGAUAAAAUGUGUGCUUUUUGGGGGGGGGCGAGAACCUAAGGAUUAACUGUGGUUUUAGGAACCUGAGGUCCUUACUCAGUCUUGACUGUGAUAUUAGUGAAGAUUUACGUGUGCUUACUGUGUGCCUGGUGAGGCUGAGCCUUUUCCAUGUGUGACCUUUGUUGUCCUGGAUGAAGUUGGUGCUCAUGGUUCAGAUGAGCAGAGUGAUGAUGGGUAGAGGAACUGACCCCGUCACCCAUCCCGCGAGUGUGGGAUUGUGGGCCACAGUGGGUAUGGAAGGACUUACUUGUUUAACUACAUGGUUUUUUUGUUUUGUUUUCUCUUGCUAGCCUGGUUUUUUUACUUCUUUUUGCAGCCAUCCACGGUCAGUUUUAGCUUGCUCAUCGUAGGGCCUCAGUCUGCUGGAGAAUCAUGUCUUUGUCUGUAGGCUCCAAAUAUGAAAUCAUUGUAUAUUUCUCUUUAGAUAUAUUUGCUUUUCUGCAUGUAAAGGUUCCAUUUGAGCUGGGAGACUGACUUGCGAACGAGGGUGCUUUGUUGGAUGAAAGUGAAGCAUACUUUUAUUUUUGCAGCAGCAGGAAGAAAGUAAACAUGAGUAUAGCACAGACCUGUGCUUCCAGCUCACUCGGCUCAGCUUGUCCAGACCCCUGAACAAACACGGAUGGGCUUCCUCUUCUCACUUCUCUGUAGGAAGUUCUUUAGACUAUAAAUUCCAAAUGCUACUUGGAAUUUUUCAAUGCUUGCUUGAUUGCUUGCCAUGGGCAGGUCACAAGCCGUGGUUUAGAUGAUACAAAGGUUUUAGAAGGUGGUGAUGGACUGUAUUAUGGUCUUUCCUGAUUGUGAUUCUUGUGUUUUAACUCAGGUCUAAAUGACCAAAUUUCCUGGGACUUUUGGGGCAGGAGUUUUGGAAACUGUCUAUUUUUAAGAAGUAGAAUGAGGGUGGUCUUUGAAAAGGUGGUAUUCUGAGUUCAGUCCUGAUGUGCAAACAUUCCAGGAACGAUUAAUAGCAACAGCGAGGCUGGAUGGUGGGGUGGGAAGGGUUGGUGCACCUGAGCUGCCCCCAUCCUCGUCUUCUGGCUGGGAUAUUUUAAAGCGUAGUUCUGAGUGUUUGUAAGUGUUGCUUUUAAUCCUAGAAUCUCAUGGUUGUAAUUUCACCUCUUAGCGCCUAGUAAUUGUAGGAGUGAAUAGAAGAGGAUGUGUGCGGCCAGCUAAUAACCCAGCGGCACUGGCUCAGGUGCGAGAUGGCUUAGACUGUGUCUCACGGUGCCGCUUCCCUCUAGGAAGGCCCGGGAUGACUCAAAGGGGUCUAGGCUCAAGCCCCACAGCAGAAGAUGUCAUGCAUCUGGGAUAUUGAUAAAAGAUGUCUGUGCUGUGUUUAUGGAUCUGCUUUGCUUUUUUUAAAAAUACAUUUUUUUUUAAAGCAAACUGAGACGAGGUAUUUCCAUGGCUUGUUCUCCUUGAGCCUCUACCAUAGCAGCCUGUGUGCACCAGCAAAGUGCAAGGCUCUCAGCUCCAAGAUGCUCUCACGGAUUUCUGUGCAGAGGGAUUAUGUGAUUACUUCAUGUGUGGAUUUUGUUGUUGUUAUUUUGAUUUUUUUUGUUUUUUUUUUUUGCUAGCAUUAUGUGAUAGCAUUUUGGUAUCAAUAAUCAAGCUUCAUUUGUACUAUUAAUUUUUAAAUAAGAAAAUUAUGUUAUUUAUUAUUUUAAUUUACUACUAAGCAUAAAAAAAUCAACACUUGAUUAUUGAAAUUCACCACUAAUUAUUUCCAUGAUCGAUACUGUAGGGAAAAAGGACCUUGUUGUUUAGAUUACCUGUCAUUAGUAACUGUCUCUUAGAAGAUAGCCUUUCACAUUGGUCUAAACAAGAAGCUUAAAUUUUCAACUGAAAUUUAACCCUUGAGUGUCCAUUGCCUCCUUCCCAUACUGGUGAAGCUGGGUCUUUUUCCUGUCUGCUUUGUCUCCUUAGCUUACAGUACCCUGUAGCCAUCCACAUAGCUGUGCCCAAUCACAGCACAUGCAGGAGUGUUUCUUUCUCUGUCCAUUUGUGUCUCCAUCACCGGGGAUAAAGCCGUGGCCAUGGGGUUUGAUUGGCUGCACUAUGAUUUGAAUGCAGCCAUUGGUCAACAGUUUUGCGGGUUGUUUAUAUUUUAAUUCCAUUGCAUUUGCUGAGCUGAUUGUCAUGUUAAACUAUGCAUUUAUAUGACAUGGUAACGUUAUACUUUAGCUUUUAUUUUAUCUUUCUGAGGAAAUUUAGAGGUGAUAUUGCAAGUGAUAAUUGAUCUUUAUGAAAAAAAGAUUACCUCUGUAUUUUAGUAAAACAAAGCAAGUAUGUUUUGCUUGUUUACAAUGUGUUUUAAUUUUCACAACUAUUUAUAGAUUACUACCUCCUUUACCAAAAGAACUGCAGUAACUAAAAACACACAUUGGUGUAGCUGUUCCUAAGCGGGAAGACUCCAGGGCAGCCUUUGAAGUGUUGGGUUGUGUAGUCACUUGGUUAGGUUGAUACUGUCUCCUCACCUGAUGGCCUUGUGUGUCUGUCUGCCCAUGCCUUUCUGCUUUUCCUGCCCGGACGGCCCGACGGCAACACCACAACUACAGGAGCUGGAUGAGCCAAAUCAAGUCAAAGGCGUGUCCACAAGAAUGUCCAAGGAAGUUAAGAACUGGUGCAAGAAAAGAUAGGAGUGGAGUUGAGACCCUAGUGUGACAGAGGCAAGCUUGUAACACAGCUGGCUGAUGACCGCAUGGCACUGGUGUCAGGCAUCAGCCUAGAUCCAGAAGCAGCGAUUGGUGUGACAAAGCGGUCACCUCCCCAAUGGGUGGACGGAGUAGAUGAAGUACAGUAUGAUGUUGGCCGCAUAAAACAGAAGAUGAAGGAGUUAGCCAGCCUUCACGACAAGCAUCUGAAUAGGCCCACCUUGGAUGACAGCAGCGAGGAAGAGCAUGCCAUCGAGAUAACCACCCAAGAGAUCACACAGCUCUUUCAUAGGUGCCAGCGUGCUGUGCAGGCCCUGCCCAGCCAGGCGAGAAGGGCCUGCUCCGAGCAGGAGGAGCGGCUGCUGCGGAACGUGGUGGCCUCCUUGGCACAGGCCCUGCAGGAGCUGUCCACCAGCUUCCGGCAUGCACAGUCCGGCUACCUGAAACGCAUGAAGAACCGAGAGGAGCGGUCCCAGCAUUUCUUCGACACGUCAGUGCCACUGGUGGAUGACGGAGACGAUGCUGUCCUGUAUGGUCAGGGUUUCACGGAUGAGCAGCUGGUCCUGGUAGAGCAGAACACACUGAUGGUGGUGGAGAGGGAGCGGGAGAUCCGUCAGAUCGUGCAGUCCAUUGCCGACCUCAGUGAGAUCUUCAGGGACUUGGGAGCCAUGAUUGUGGAGCAGGGUACAGUCCUUGACAGAAUUGACUAUAAUGUUGAACAGUCCUGUGUCAAGACUGAAGAUGGCUUGAAACAGCUUCACAAGGCAGAGCAGUACCAAAAGAAGAACCGGAAGAUGCUUGUGAUCUUGAUCCUGGUUGUCAUCAUCGUAGUCCUCACCGUGGUCCUCAUCGGCGUAAAGUCUCGCUAGUGGCGCCAAGUUCUGGAGCGUGCUACUGCAUGGGUUCCUGGGGUAGGAGGGCUUGGCUGGCACCACUUCACUGUACUGCCUACAGAGCACAGCCCACUGGCCCAACAGCGGGCUGCGGGCCUUCCUGUGGAUGCCCUCUCUUGGUGGACUGGAGUGCAGGCAUGGCUGUGGGUUUCCAUCUCUGUCCAGGGUUUAAGGACCUGAGGCUGUUGCUGAAGAGACUGGCCCUGUGGCCAGCUGUGAUCUAAACACUUACUAGAAAGUGAGGGAACGCAGGUUUGCAGGCCUUGCUGAGGCUCCAGUGUGGUGUGCAUGUGCUUAUUGCUAGCGCUCACGUCUGAGCAGCAUGUUCAAUAAUUUUUCAGAAAUUUUUUUUUUUAGCCAUCUGGUUUUUAAGAAGUUUGGUACCAAAAAUUUAUGAGUAGAGGCAAACUGCCUCUUCAUCUUCCCAGCUGAAAACAAACCAAGACGUCCUUCAAGAAUUUAUAAUCCAUUCCCCAUUAACUUAAUUUAGCUUUUCCAUCACUGUUAACGAUCAGAGUAACAAAGUGUGAAAAAUAAGAAACCAUCAUUGAUGUUAAUUAACACAUUUAGACGGGCCAGUUAAACCAGCUUCAUGCGUUUAAAUCAAUUGUAAAUAGCGUAUUCCUCAUUCAGAAUUUUGCACUACAUUUUCUGCUGUAAACCAAGAGGGGUUACUAAGCAAAACCUCCUGAAUCAGAGAGUUGGUCAUUUGAACUGACCUCACAUUACAAGAAAACUUGACGGUAUCACGAACUAGAUUGAGCCAUGUGUCCCCAGCCAUUCUUCCUCAGUCUAUCACUUACAUUCUAGCUACGUAAUCACCUGUCCAAACCUGACUCCACUUAGUGAGCUGUAAAUUACACAGAGGCCGUUUUAGAUGGGCCACUCCAUUUAGGAUUAGUGGAUCUCAAAUUAUUAGCCAAACAUCACUCCAUUUCAAAGUAAAAUAUUCUACCCAUGAUUUGAUUUAUCGACUCUUCCAUUGCCACUUAACAAUGCCCAGAAAGCAGGUAUUCCUGAGGACAGUGAGAGCCUCAACUAAGGAAGCCCUCUGUGUGUACUUGCUGUGUGUGUAUGUGUAUGUGCCUACGUGUGUACCACAUGCAUAUCAGAUCACUAGAGUAAGGUUCUGUUUACUUCUGUUUAUCUACCGGUUAACUCUGGUGCUUGGGUGCUUGGCAGGACUGGAGUGAUGUGGGCAGUGUUGGAGUCUGAAGAUGAGGGUGUGUGUCUGACUUGCCAUCUUCAUUGAUGCUGCUAUACUUUUAGUGGUCUUUGUGUCAUUUUCGAUAGCUUUUAAAAUUGUCUCUGCUUCUCUUACGUUAUUUAAGAAUAUGGUCCUGUUGAGUGUGUGUGUAGACAAAUGUGUGUAUUUACAGAUUCACUGCAGGGGGAGUUCAGAACUCCAGCUCGUGCAGAGCUACCCUGAGCUCAGCCUCCCUGCUCAGGCUGUGGGACACUGGGGUCCAAAGGUUUACCAGACCCCUUGACGAUAUUAGUAGGGAGGGCUGGAAGGGGAGUUAGCACCUACUCCAUCAUUUUAGGAUUGGGAAAGGGGGGUCCUACAGGCCUCUUUUCCUGAUUUCUGAGGUUAGACAAACUGCUCCUGGAUGGACUGGUCAAAUUAAGGGACCUGCUUUAAGCAAUCUGUGGAGGCCACGCCGAGUAAUUAUGAAAGCCUUGAAGAAAAGUGACCUUUUAAAAAAGGAUCACCAUUUAUUUAUAUUUAUUUUCCUAAGUAGGUUUUUUUUUGUUUUGUUUUGGUGGGGGGACCCUUCUGGGUAACCUAACAGGUCUGGUUAGAAAUUGUCCUAAGGACCUGUGGGAAGAGGGGCUGUCCCCUUGUGCUUGAAGACAGUAUGGUUCUGAUAUGGGCCCAGCUACCCUGAUGGCCAUCCUUGGGGGGCAUGGACAGGCCUGGCUUGUAGCUAGAUCCACAGCCGUGUGUGCUAGCUCUUUGGGGUCCCUCCCCAUUGCACUUUUCCAUUGGGGGAAGAUGAGAAACGUGUGAGGACACGAGGGCUUAGUGCCAGGGUGCUGGUAGGGACCUCAGGGUAACUGAGCUGAAGAGGACUCGUCUAUCUGCCGACAGCCACUCUCUGUGGGCUCGUCCUGCCCUUCAGUCUGGCUGUGGAGGUGACAAUCACAUCUCUCCCUGUGCCUGGGAAGUGCCCUGGGGAAGAAGCCCAAGCCCUGGAUACUACCUUCUUCCAUGGUCCUCGGUGACUCCUGUAGAGUGGCGGGAAGGAAGGGGACAAGUGCUGGGCCUUUGGGGCCCCUGAUCUUUCCUAAGACUCGCCUAAAACUGCUCUCUGUCUUUUGGGGCCGGGAAGGGGGUUGGGGUGCUAGCUGGGCCACUGUGUGAAGCAGUGUGUGUCUAAUUUAACGGAUGUACCGCUUUCUCUGCUAAUUGAGAGAGCAUUAUUUAUUUGUUUUGACACAAGUGCUUGCAGUGUUUCAUCCCAGCUAAUGGCUUCUUAAAGGUAAUAAAACCCUCCAACCUAAUUGGCCAGAUAAGACUUUUUUCCUUGUGUGCUUAAAUAAAGCAAUUAGUGAAGCGCUUCUAUCCAAAAUGACUUUUUUUUGUCCUGACUAAUUUACUGUUACUGGAAACUUUGUACAAUAAAGCGAUCUUGCAGACUGAAGAGCAUCCCACAUUCCUAUAUUAAUGUUAAUGAUGGUCACACUCUGUCCCCAUGUGUCUGUGUUAGCAGGGGCCUGGCCCCUGGGGUCUCUGGGUCCGUGGCUAUUUAUUUCAUGCCCGAGGCCUCUGCCUCUGUUUAAAAGUCAGUUUGUCUAUCUAACGGAGGCCUGCAGAGGGACCAAUCAAUUUGCUAUCCAAUAUACAAAAAGGGAAACCACAUAAAAGACAUAAUUAUUUUUCUUUAUGAAAACACACUUUAUGUGAGCAUGUUUGGCAGUCCUCGGAGUGUGCCCAAAGUGGUUUGCACGUGCAGGCUCUAGGACCAUGCGUUGACAAAUGCCUUCCUCCAGAAUGGAAUGACAAACUUAAGGAACAAUGUCUGCUAGGAAUGUCCAGGUCUUCUUCCAAGGCCAGAGCAGAAUGUUGAUGCUCAUUUGCAUGUGUACCUGGGAGACAGACAUGAUGGAGGGCCAGAGUUGGGUGACUCUCACUGCCAGUGAGUCCUGUCAGACAGGUGGUCAGUCUUGAGUGCUCCCCAGAGAGCUUGCUGAGCCACAGAUGGUGUCCUGCACUCUGUUGUGUGGUCCCUUCCUUCUCAUCAACCAUUAGCGAGCCCAGAAGUCACUCACUCUCAAAGGACAGCCAUCGUCCCAUGGUGGUGAUGCUCGGUCUCUACGUCCUGCUGUGGGACGGCUUGUAAACGGAGAGGCUGGCAGCUGCAUGGGGAUGGUGUGUUUUCUGAGACAGGGUCUAUGUAGCCAGGUUGCCCUUGAACUUGUGACCUUGUCUUUACCUCCCACGUGUUGGGAUUAUGGCAGACAAGUGCAGGGCUGUGGUGGCUCUAGAAGGGGAGCACAGUUACAUUUGCAAUGGGGUCUUCGGUGAUCUGGGCUUCGAGUGGUCACACCGGAGUGCGCACAUACCGUUCACUAAUUAUCAGUGGACAUCGCCGUUACACAGACUGCUCUGAAACUUGGGCAUUAGGUCAGGGUUGGUGGGCAUUUGGCCUGUGUGACCCUUUGAGUCUCAUUUUGCCUGUCAGAGGACUGGAUGUAUGUGGAUUCACUCUGCUAAUCGUGGUGAACAUCAUCUGUGAAAUGAGAGCAGCCUUCCUUAUCUGUCUGCCAUUGCGAGGUCAUAGGCAGCCCACCCAUCUGCCCAAAGAUGUACGUGAAUGCCGUGGCAGAGCAGGCCAACUGUGAGCCUCCUUGCUUUGAUGGUCAGGAUCCCUUCUAUCUCUGCCACAUGGGGACUAUGUGAAGAAACCUUUUCAUGGUGAGCUGCCAUUAGGUAGAUAAAGGGCCAGCGGCAUCUGUGGUUGUACAGUAGGGUGUAAUUUCUUCUAAGGAGGCAGCGCUGGUCCAUCUGAUGUGUAUUUGGGAGCUUAGCUCUGCUCAGAGCCUGAUGUGUGGGUCUCAGUUGUAUAUUUCUGUGUUUAUUGGCCCUUUGAAACCUCUGGUUUUUCUCUGCAUUCUCUCGACCACCCACACAGCACCUUGCACCUUGUGUCUGAUGUUUUCGCGUAGUUGUUUUGUACUGAAGGAAAGCAGACCCUGCAAGCUGACGGGUGUCAGAACAGCUAAUGAGGGCACCGGCGGACAUGUCAACAGCUUGUGUAGAAGUGCUUCCUAUCCGGGGCUCAGAAUUAGACUGAGGGACGCCAGCUGUGUGCAUCUUGUCCCCAACUCCAUACCACCCUCAGACAGGCUAAACCCGGCAAUGUUGGGUUUUCUUACCACAUCAAGGGGCCUUCCACAGAGCCAAAUGGCAGAGACUCGUGCACAAUUAUCUGGCCAAUUGAGGCAAAAGAAAAUAAUCAUUUGUCCAAUUGUGCAAAUGAGCUCUCUGGACUGUCCUGAAUGCUGCGAUAAUUGUGUGGUCCUCCACUUUCCAUCCCAUAAUCUGGCAAAAAUGGGCUAUUUAAACAAGGCUCCAUUUGAUAAUGCACAUUCAAAUCAGGCUUCGGUAAAGCACACCACUGGGUUUAGCAUUUUCUGUUUGUCAACUAUAAUUCUAUAAUUGCUUUAAGCUAACCAUCCAAAUUCCACCAUUAGUAAUCACUGUUUCUCAUUUACAGAUGUGAUAGAGGCCAAGGGCCCUGUUUGUAUCAUUUGAUCUCCUCCCAGGAAGUGCUGAGGGAAUCAAAUGCUUGUUUUUUUAACUUCACGUUCUGACCCAGGGCAUCAGACCUCUGUGCCUUCCCCUUUCCCAGAUGGGGAAACUGAGACCCAUACCAGGAUGUGCCAUGGUCACAAGGCUGACGUAGCUCAGACCUGGAAUUGUCAGCCCCCUCAUUUCUAGACCAGCGCUCUGUUUUAAUUGUUCAUUUCUUUCCAUAAAAUUAAAUGACCUUCUUCAAGAAAGAUUUAAUGGUCAAGAUGUGAUUUGGUAAAAGCUUCCUCCAGGGUUUUUUCUUAUUACAGAGAUGAUGCCAGGCUGCAGCUAAGAGAGACUCGCAGACAGUGGUGAGCCAUUAUCCCCAGUUGAGCUCUGUGUAAUUGGUGCGAAGAGAUUGCGGCUGACGAAUCAGCCUGCUGCUGAACAGAGAGUGAUUGUGUGCUGGCGGGCCCAGUGGCUGUACAUGUGAGCUCGCAGUUGUUUACAAAAGGUAUAUGUGUGCAUAGAAUGCUCACGGAGAUGGAUAAUGUCAUUUUAAAGUUGUAAAUAAUAAAAAAUAGUCUCGGGUAGACCUGAUUUUACAAUUGCCUGAGAAUGUGGUACUUCAUUUCAACACUAUGCGAUGGCUAGAAAUUGAUUUUUUUUUAAAAUCCAAUUAAGCCUCAAGGUUGGUUAUCCAUUUAAAAGGUCGGAUGAGUUGAACAGUGACAGUACCUUCGGUUCAUGCUAAUAAUUAGAUUUACACAGAGCUCCAGCCCUCAUCUCUGCCUCAUGGAGGCUUAUGUUUUCUGUCUGCACAGCUCCCAGCUGUCCAAGCCCCCAGCCAAUAGUACAGACAAACCAGCAGAGCAGGGACCCAGACCUCCUGAGUCCCCAACUGGUAACUGACCCAAGCUUUCAGAAUCCUCCCUAAAGAUUGUGUGUGGGUCACAGCACCUGGAUGCCCCCUCUUUUGUAGCCCUGGGAGUCCUGGGAGAUGGGAAGUCGCAUCUCAUUUGAAGAUUUGGUGCUGUCCAGUUUCAUGUGCAGAUUAAUUCAAUGCAACAAAUAAAUCCUGGUUUUAAAA